AUGUCCCUGAUAAUUGCAACCCACCGUAUUCUCCUCACUGACACAAACAGCUUCGUAGCCUCACACAUCCUCUCACAACUACUGCGCGCCAAUCACUCGGUGCGAGCGGUAGUCUGGUCUCUCUCUAAAGCUGAUGCUGUAAAGGCUUUAUUUGCCUCUUAUCCCUCUUCAUCUCUUGACUGUCCUGUCGUCCCAGACAUGACCAUUCCUGGAGCUUUCGAUUCAGAUUUGCAAUCCAAUCCGCCGUUUGACAUUGUAAUGCACACAGCAUCACCAUUCCUAUACAAAACCACAGACGUUGCAACGGAUUUCCUCGACCCAGCUAUCAAAGGGACGACGGAGAUCUUGGAGGGGAUUAAUCGUGUGGCGGUGGGGAGCGUAACAAGGGUGAUUUUGACUAGCAGCUUCGCAGCUGUAGGUGUAUAUACUGAGGAAGAUUGGAAUCCGUUUGCGUAUCGUGCGAGCGAGAAGUUUGCAGAGAAAGCGGAGUGGCAGGAAGUGAAGAAGAAAGGCCCCAAGGAAUGGGAUUUGGUGGUGUUGAACCCACCCAUGGUUUAUGGACCUUCGGCUCACAAGAAUCUUUUCUUGAGUGAGAAGAAUGCCACUGAGACGGAAGUGCCACCGAAUAGACUUCCGCUUUAUGUGGACGUGAGGGAUCUAGCUCAUGCCCACGUCCUCGCUAUGGACGCUUCGUCAACAUCUAACCAGCGCUUCUUGGUCACUGCAGGGGCGGUGACGAGUCAAGAAAUCUCUGACAUUUUCCGUAAAGAGGUGCUAGGCACACUGGAAAGACCACCCAAGGGAAUCCCCGGAACGAGCACGCUGCUAGAGUGUGCGUUUAGUGCUGAUGCGACGAAGGUUAAGACCAUGUUACGGCUGGAAUUUAGAAGUAAGAAGGAAACAUUUGCAAGUCUGGGGAUACAGCUGUUGGAAAUAGAAGAGAAGAAGGAGGGUGAAGUUUCAAGUGCUAAAGGACAAUUUGAAUAG